AUGGUUCCAGACAAAUAUGUUGGAUUGGCAUUAGCCAUUGUCUCGACGUUAGCGAUAGGCACUAGUUUUGUGAUUACCAAAAAAGGAUUGUUGCACGCUUCGGAAACCCACGGUUUCGAGGGAGAGGGCUUUUCAUAUUUACGAAGCCCGAUAUGGUGGGCAGGAAUAGCUACAUUGGCUGUCGGAGAAGUCGCAAACUUUGCGGCAUAUGCUUUCGCACCAGCCAUCUUGGUUACACCUUUGGGUGCUCUAAGUGUUCUGAUCGGUGCCGUGCUCGGCUCGUACUUCCUCAAUGAGCGACUAGGGACGUUGGGCAAGCUUGGCUGUGCCAUGUGUCUUCUCGGAUCCGUUGUCAUCGUUCUCCAUGCGCCUCCGGACAAGCCUGUUGAAAGUAUCGAGGAGAUUCUCCAAUAUGCCUUGAGUCCAGGCUUCUUGCUUUACUGUGUCGCUGUAGCGAUCUUUUCGUCUGUCAUGAUUUAUCGUGUUGCUCCGGUUCACGGAAAGAAGAAUCCUCUUAUCUAUAUUUCCAUUUGCUCGACCGUUGGCUCAGUGUCUGUGAUGUCCAUCAAGGCCUUUGGGAUCGCAGUGAAACUUACAUUCAAUGGCAAUAACCAAUUCACGCACGCCUCGACCUAUGUAUUUGCAAUUGUUACCGGCUUUUGCAUCCUGACACAGAUGAACUACUUCAACAAGGCUUUGAGCGAGUUUUCCACAAACAUCGUCAAUCCUCUAUACUACGUUACCUUCACGACCGCCACAUUGUGCGCCUCUUUUAUCCUUUUCAAGGGCUUCAAUACCACGGACGCUGUGAACACCAUUUCGCUUCUUUGCGGCUUUCUUGUCAUCUUUUCCGGUGUUUAUCUCCUCAAUCUUUCUCGACAUGAUCCAGAUGGCCGACAGCUCCUUGCAUCAAAAGAUGACGAAGACGGUGUACCUACCGAUGGAAUCGCGAGCUUCUCGACCAGACGAUCAAUGCAGGCACGUCGAAGCAUGGACCCCCAUCGACGAAGCUCUUCCAGCAUUGCCUUCUUGAAUGGGAACGGCGACAGAGAAGGGUUGAUGAGAUCGUAUGAUGCCGAAAAUGGCGUUAUCGGGUUGACCGAGCUUAGAGAAGAAGAUGACGGCCAGCCAGGUCCUACACAUAAAUCAAAUGUCGAUGACAACACAUCACCAUUCCACCCCAAACAAGACAAUCGAUGA